CGUUUUUUCUCUCUCUCUCCGCCGCUUGCAGCGGAUCAGAGGAUGCACCUCCCUUUUCUGAAAAAAAGUUGCGUUGCUACCUUCGCGUGGAAAUUGAGCCCAUCUAUUUGAAUGCAGAAAAGCGCGAGGCAGCGCUCUCCUGCCUGGUGGUGGCCCCAAAGGAGCGGAGCUUAGCGGUCACCGCGUUGGGCGACGUUCCCUCUAGUCCGCCGCGGCCGUUAUAUUUCUCCUGUUUCCGGUAACUCCAGACGCCAGAGCAAAGUCAUGGACAACCGUCACGGCUCCUUCUUGCCAUAGAAGAUUUUUUUAAAAGCACGUGCAAGGAGUUUCUGGAACACCCUCCAUCUUUUUCCCGCCUGUUUUUAUUUUAUUUUAUUUUAUGGGUGUGAUUUUUCUUAUAGGAGACUCUUCCUCCCCUUGAACCGUUUUCUGCUUCAGGGGAAAAUCCGGGGAAUUUUCAACUCGCAGCCUUUUCCCAGAUUUUUAAUUUUGUAAUCUUAAAAAUCUGAGAAUGGGUAAUGCAGCCAGCAGCCUGGAAAUGUCUCCAGCGAAGGAGAUUAAAACCCAACCGACUGCUUCUUCGCCUUUACCCCCUAAACAACCUGCACCCCCCAAACUACCGAUGCCUAAUGCUGAGGAAUUGGAAGAACGAUUCGGACAUGUUCUGAAUUCAAUGAAUCUGCCACCAGACAAAAUGAAGCUUCUGAGCCAGUAUGAUAAUGAAAAGAAAUGGGAAUUAAUAUGUGACCAGGAACGAUUCCAGGUCAAAAACCCACCAUCUGCCUAUAUCCAGAAACUGAAGAGCUAUCUAGACACAGGUGGAUUCAGUGGAAAGUUUAAGAGACGAGUUCAAGAAUCUACCCAGAUUCUUCGGGAGUUAGAGAUAUCCCUGAGAACAAACCACAUUGGUUGGGUCCAGGAGUUCCUAAAUGAAGAGAAUAGAGGUCUUGAUGUGUUGGUGGAUUAUCUUGCUUUUGCCCAGUGCUCUGUCACGUAUGAUAUGGACAGCACUGACAAUGGGAGCCCUGGGUCGGACAAGGGAAAGGCCCUGGACAGAUCUGUAGAGGACCUCAGCAGAAGCAAUUGCUCUCCCACACAGGGUUCCAUCAAAGCGAGGCACUUGACUGUCAGAUUCAAUCCGGCACACAGCAGGAAGGCAUUACGGAACUCACGCAUCGUCAGCCAGAAGGAUGAUGUUCAUGUGUGCAUCAUGUGUCUCCGUGCCAUUAUGAAUUAUCAGUCUGGAUUCAGCCUUGUGAUGAACCACCCUGCCUGUGUAAAUGAGAUCACACUCAGCCUCAACAAUAAGAAUCCCAGAACUAAAGCUCUUGUCCUUGAGCUAUUGGCUGCUGUUUGCUUGGUCCGAGGAGGACACGACAUUAUUCUGGCUGCCUUUGACAACUUCAAAGAGGUUUGUGGUGAGAAGAACCGUUUUGAGAAGCUGAUGGAGUAUUUCCGAAAUGAAGACAGCAACAUAGAUUUCAUGGUGGCUUGUAUGCAGUUCAUCAAUAUUGUGGUUCAUUCUGUGGAGAACAUGAACUUCCGUGCCUUCUUACAAUAUGAGUUUACACAGUUGGGACUUGAUGAGUACCUACAGAAGCUGCGUUGUACAGAAAGUGAUAAACUGCAAGUGCAGAUCCAAGCCUAUCUGGAUAAUAUCUUUGAUGUUGGUGCCUUACUGGAGGAUACCGAGACCAAAAAUGCCAUCCUGGAACACAUAGAGGAUUUGCAAGAAGAGGUUGGACAGCUCACUGAGAAACUCCAGGAUGCAGAAAACGAAUCCGAGGCCAAAAUUGCUGAGCUAGAGAAACAGCUGUAUCAGUCACGCAAUGAGCUGGAGAUCCUGAGAGCAAGAACUAGUGAUGAGCCGGAGAAGCUAGAUGAAAUCAGCAAAGUUAACAAGCCAGAAAGUCCUUCUUGGUUCCCAAUGCAGCUUCCACCAGAGUCAAAAAUAACUCCACAAUACUCUGCCUUGGAGCACAACCUGGAAGAACUAGAAGACAGAGGUUUUAUCCGGAUCCAGCGGGGGCCUGGCAGUGAUAGCAUCAUUGGCAUUGAGGUCCUCCCUGUUAUUAAUAUUGAAGCAUCUUCAUCAACUAGCACAGAUUAUCCCUCCCCAUCUACAUCUCCUGUCCGCAGUCUUGCUCCAGAAAUACCACCAGCACCACCUCUACCUUCCACGAAAGGCAGUGAUUCUGUGGCUUUCUAUUCUUCUCAAGAGGAGGAGUUGCCACCUAUUCCAUCUUCUCUUCCACCACCACCACCACCACCCUUACCAGGGAUCAAUGAGCCUCCACCUGCCCCACCACUGCCUGUGAUUGUAACUACAUCUCAAGCUUCAUCAAUGCCUCCUCCUCCUCCGCCACCACCCCUCUUAACAUUUGGUGGCCCAGUUGCUCCUCCUCCUCCACCACCGCCUCCCAUGAUUGAUGGAGCAACUUUGCCAGCCAGUACAGUUACUGCAGCUGUCAAGAUCAAGAAGCCUAUACAGACCAAAUUCCGUAUGCCUGUCUUCAAUUGGGUUGCUUUGAAGCCUAACCAGAUCAAUGGGACCAUCUUCAAUGAACUCAAUGAUGAAAAAGUCCUUCAGGAGCUGGACAUGAAUGACUUUGAAGAACAAUUCAAAACCAAAGCUCAGGGUCCAGACAAAGAAUUCAGUUCCAUAAAGACCAAGACUUUACAGAAAGCUCCCACUAAGGUUUCACUGAUUGAAUGCAACCGGGCCAAGAACCUGGCCAUCACCCUCCGUAAAGGGGGGCUCAGUAUCGACAGCAUUUGCAAAGCCAUUCAGACAUACGACUUACAAACCCUCAAUCUGGAUUUUCUGGAGUUACUGAUGCGCUUCAUCCCAACGGAAUAUGAGAUGACACUAAUCCGCAAAUAUGAAAAAGAGCAACGUCCACUAGAUGAGCUUUCAGAUGAGGACCAAUUCAUGAUCAAAUUCAGCAAAAUUCCCCGCCUUACAGAACGCAUGAACAUCAUGACAUUCUUAGGCAGUUUUGCAGAUACUGUACAACUCCUUCUGCCACAACUAAAUUUUGUGAUUGUUGCUUCAAUGUCAGUCAAGUCAUCUACCAAACUGCGUCAGAUUUUAGAGAUUGUCCUGGCAUUUGGGAAUUAUUUGAACAGCAGCAAACGGGGAGCGGCUUAUGGAUUCCGGUUGCAGAGCCUUGAUGCGCUUCUGGAUAUGAAAUCAACAGACCGGAAACAGACACUACUUCAUUAUAUAGUGCGGGUGAUCCAAGAAAAAUACCCUGAGUUCCUGAACUUUUCCAGUGAGCUGCAUUUUCUGGACAAAGCAGGGGCAGUGUCACUGGACAGUGUGCUUCAAGAUGUGAGAAGCCUACAGCGGGGCAUGGAGCUAACACGCAAAGAAUUCAUGCGCCAGGAUGACAGUAUCGUACUCAAGGAUUUCCUAAAGACGAACAUAGAAAUGAUGGAAAAGCUUCAGGCAGACAGUAAAACUGCACAGGAGGCAUACGAGUCAACAGUGGAGUACUUUGGGGAGAAUCCCAAGACUACUCCUCCAACUAUGUUCUUCCCUACAUUUGUACGCUUUAUUAAAGCAUACCAGAAAGCAGAGGAAGAUAUAAAAGUGUGGAAGAAGCAAGAAGCAGCUGCCAAAGAGGAGGAACAAGUUUCCCCCGGCAAAGGGGAACAGGCAGUACCCAAGCAAUCUCCCACCCAUAAGGCCAAGCGACAACAGAUGGACCUCAUAACUGAGCUGAAGAAAAAGCAGAUGGUGAAAGAGCCUCUCAUUUAUGAAGAAAAAGAUGGUGCCAUUGAAGACAUUAUUUCAGGUCUACGUAUCCAGCCAUACCGGCGGGGGGACACUGGUCGGCACAGUGGCAAAAAACGAACCACUGGGCAGAUUCUCCAGGCAACCUCCGAGAUCUCACUGUGACAGAUUUGAAUGAGAACAAGCUAAAUAAGCCUUGGUUUGCUGGGUGAAACAAGGACUCAGACCAAGAGGCCUGGACCAAAGACUUUUCCCUCCAAGGAAUAAAGGGACUCAGGCCAGGAUGACUGUCCUCUCCUCUCCCCACAUACACACUUAAUUAUAACCUUUGCACAUGUAAAUCUUGCUGGCUAUGUUGCCCGCUGGAUCAACAAUAUUUCUUCAUCUAAUAAGCAACUAAUAUCUUGGCCACAUUUGACUGACCUACCAUGGCAGCAGUGGGCAGGAUGGGGAGGCUCAAGUCUCUAAUAAUAGGGACAGCCAAUGGUGCUACAAACCUCCACCACCAAAUCAAUAAGAAACAUCUUCCACCUCCAAAAAUCUUUGUGGCGACUGCUGCCUCUAAAGAAGAAGAAAGCAAUUUGAUCCAGAUCCUUUCUCCCUGCUUUCUUUUCUAUCCAACCUAUUCUGGUUUCCUUAUCUAGGGCAUUCGUUCUAUUUUAGUUUUUCAAUUCCGCUUCUAUCCUAGAGACAAGGUGGGAGAGGAUUGUCUGUUUUCUUUCAAGUGUCACAAAAAUUAUGUUAGUCUAAGUACUGAUGUACUUGUAGGAUGAUUACUUCCUGGGAAGGUGUAACCUCAGGAUCAUUUAAGCCAUUAUAACAUAGCAAAACAGGGCUAAUUAAUUAGUAAAUCCAAGCUGUUUGUAAGUGGAGCAAACACCCUGUAUACAAUAGCAUCCUGCCACAUCAUUUCUUUAUUUUUUAUUUGCAAAGGUGCUGCAUUAAUUUCAUCACUUUAGAAUCGAAAUCAUAUUCAGCAUUUCAGCUUUCUGAUGUAGAAUGAUUUGGCUUCAGUGGCCUGUAGCCUUUUCUUUUGCAAAAUUUCAUGAUUGAUUCUGGGCACACAAUCCUGUUGCUUCCUUAGAAUUAUGAAUAAUUUUUUGCCCUCUUUAUACAUUUCCAUACAGUCCAGAUCUGCCCCUUAUUGUGAUCUAUAUUCAACUACAUGUCAACUGUAACUGCAUGAUCAUAGUUGCAUCCAAUGUAAUUAGAAACCCAUUGAAAACAAUGUUGCUCUUCUCCCUCUCUAGCAAAGUUCCCCAUGAUUAUAUAUUCUUCUUGAAUAUUUAAAGAAUUCAGCAUCCUUUUCUAUCACAACAAUCAGUCUAGGGAAUUAAUCUGAUCAGUUGAACAGCAUCUCAGGAUUUAGCAAAAGUUUGGCACUUUCAAAAACUACUCAUUUGAGUAUUGGUGACAAUCACACUGGCUAUGGGAAUUGCUGUUCUUUUCCUUGCCACAUGGUGUCAUUCUUCUGUGGGCUGAACAAUUUUUUCUUCCGGGUUGCUGGCAGUAUGUGUUAUGUAUGAAAUAUAAUACAUUAUCUCCCCACCUCCAUUCUUCAGAUGUAUACUCUUAAGAGCUUUCUAAGAGACAGAAAAAUAUAGACUGGAGGUGACAGUAAUUAGAUAACUCAGGAAAUCUUUAAUAAAGAUUUCAUCAUUGCAAUGCAUAGUUAUAAUUCUAUACUGAGAUUUACACACUGUUAGUUCACCUGAAGGAUACCACAUCCUAAUCCAAAUGCAUGUUUCCCUACUUGCUGAAAACCUGAGGAAUAGGGUUAACUUGUGAAAAAUGCUCCCACCCCUUUUUUUCUCCUUUUCUUUCUUUUUUUCUUUUUUGUAGUUCCACUGCACAUGAAACAAUACAUCUUACUCCCUCUCCCAAAUCAAGCCAGAUUUUUAUGGUUCCUAGCUUUUCUUUCAUUUGCCGAGGGAGAACAAUUAUUAUAUCUCCUAAAAUAUGUAGAGGGGAAGAGCAAUGUGUUCAUGCCCCUCUUUUUGGGUGGGUGGGUAUGCAGGAGGCGUGGGUUACAGUACCAUCAUUUUGUAUAAUCUGGCUCCAUCUGGAGCACUUUAUGCCUGCAGGGACACACUUAUGCAGAGUUGCACUUUUGCUUUCCCUCUCAAACUCCAGCAUGCAAGCUUCACAGCAAUAACUACCUAUUUCAGGAGAGAUUAGAUAUGCAUGGACAAAUUUGUUCAGUCUCAACUUGGAUGAAACAAAAUCCUCAACUGCCUUUAGCAAUACUAUGGCCAGGUCCCUACUGUCCGUCCCAAACUUGCUGUAGACUAGAUAUGCUUAGAAGCCCAGUUUUAGGCUACCAUUGCUUUUCCCAUAAUUUAAGAAAAACUAAAAUUAUCGCAGCAAAUGCUCAGAAUAGCACAAUUCUUUAUGCCAUGUCUGGGAGCAACGGGAAUGGUGUGGGGAGGGAGGGUUAAUAAAACAACUGAAUGUGGAACUUAAUUUUCUUAAAAUGCCUUGAAUUCUGUAGAUGAGCUACAACGCUCUACAUGACUUGUUACUUUGUAUACAUUAUUUUUAUAUAUGGUGUGUGAAUUGCAUUUAAUCCAAAGCAAGUUAACAAAUGAGAGAAUAUAAUACAUGUAUUGUAACUAUGAAAA